UCUGCUUGUUCGUCCCGUAAGUCCCAUGCCAUUUGACAGCUAAUGUAAUGUGAUUUGUUGGGCUUCGUCCACUCCCACCAUCGCGCAUGUGCAAGGUCCAUGCCUAACCUACACCACUCACCAGGCGGGGACUCCCUCUUGUACCCGUAAAUUUUAUCGCUUGAAAGCAAAUUAAUAAUAAUAAUAAUAAUGAAAGCAUGGAACGAGAAAAGUGAGCUCUCGUCUCCUAUGCUCCAGGUUCUCUUUAAAGAAUGGUAGCCUUAUGACUUGGUCCUGAAUUUUGAAAAGGAAUUGAGAUUCAAUACUACAGCAAAAAAUUAAACCAUAGGGCAUGACCGGCUAAGACAGUGAAUGGUACAUCGACUUAAAGGAUUCUUGUUUCCGUGUCCUUUUACUCACAAUGCGUACUACAAUGCAAUAAUGCUAGGUUCUCUGUAUUGUUUAGUUAAAAAAAAAAAAAGCCACAGGAUGGCCACGAAAGAAAACAGUACGUAGUGGCCCGAAGUCAUCCGAAUUGUAACGAGUCCUCCGCUCCCGCUAAAGUACCGAGACAAUUGUGCGUAGUUGAUGCCAUUGUUUUCCUUGUUCAGCAUACGGGGAAACUUUAGCGCUGCAUAUGAAUGGCGUCGAAACUGCAGAAAACAGAAAUGGACAACGUAUUCCACAUGCGGUCGGCAGGUGCCGCUGCCGAAGGAGUCCGGGACCAGUAUGCCGAUGGCAGGGCAGCACGCGUUUGGGAGGCAUUCAUUGGAGACAAGAACUCCCGCACGCAGAAUUACCGCAACUUCCUGGUUGGACUCUUGAGGAAGAAUGGCUGCCAAAGAAUUUUGGAUGUUGCCUGUGGCACCGGGAUUGAUUCGAUAAUGCUGCUAGAAGAAGGAUUUGAGGUCACUUCAGUAGACGCAUCGGACAAGAUGCUCAAGUACGCACUUCGGGCUCGCUGGAAUCGCAGAAAGGAGCCAGCUUUUGACAAGUGGGUAAUCGAGGAAGCCAAUUGGCUGACCCUCGCCGAUGAUAUAGCUGACCUUGUCGGAGAUGGCUUCGACGCAGUGAUCUGCCUUGGAAAUUCAUUUGCGCAUCUGCCCGAUGUCACAGGAGACCAGAGGGACCAAAAGAAGGCUCUGGAAAAUUUCAAGAAAUGUGUAAAACGUGGAGGAUUGCUUCUCAUUGAUCAUCGGAACUAUGACGACAUUCUGGAGACUGGGAAAACUCCGAAGCACUGUCUGUACUACAAUAGUAAGAGAACAACAGAAAUUGUAACUUCCGUGCUGUACGUGGAAGCGAAGCCAACUGUUGUUACUCUGGACUACCUGCUCGACAUGUCUGAUGAAAAAGAGAAGAAUGUGCAAAACGGAGUAACUCCUGAUGACACAAUUGCUAGGUUCCGUCUCUCGUACUACCCGCACAGAUUGGAGGUAUUUAAGAGGAUGCUGCAAGAUGUCUUUGGCGCAAAGUCUGAACACACACUGUAUGGUGACUUCAAACAGCUUCACGAGAUUGACAACCCUGCGUUUUAUAUUCAUGUUGUACAGAAAGCCUUCAUCUGAGCUACUAACUGUGUUGUUUAUUAUGUGAUACUUUCUAAAUGACUAGAAAUGAGUGGUACUGUGAAAUUUAAAAAGCAAAACAAAACAAAAAUAUGUGGGCAACAAAAAAUCUGACUGAAAUAGCAGCAGUAUGAAAAGGAUAGAUUGCUGCUCGCCCCAUAGAAUAGGCAUUAAAGCACAUUUAAAUGACACUACUAGAUAUUAUCUGCUAUCGGACUAAGGCCAUUGUCAGACUGACACAAAAUGGAACACACGUGUGUGUGCGUGCAUACGUGCGCAUGCGCCCACACACACACACACACACACACACACACACACACACACACACACACACACACGUGGCCACAUUCAUCUCCGCGCACUAAGGCCAGACUGCAAUUCCAUCUGAGGUGAACGGCAAUCUUUGCCAGAAUGGGUAGUGGAAAUUGGGGACUAGCGAGGGUUAAGGCCAAGGGGGUUCCAGUUAAUGAAGUAUACAUUAUAGGUAGCAUUACUACCCAGGCACUUCCAAAAAAGCUGUUGCCGGAGGGCAGAAUGUGUAUGGCACAGAUAGCCAAAGUCUAGUGCACCGUGUCGGGCAGCACGCUCGACCUCAGUUAGGUGAUGGCCAGACAGAUCAUCAAUUCGUGCUGGUGUAGCUUUCGCAAGUGAGGUGGGAGAUGUGUGUGAGACAACUGGAGUUGGUGAUGGUGGGAGGUUGUAUGUAUAAACUGUUUGUGAUUUGUUUUGUCUGUAUCUGAUGAAGAGCUUAGUCUGAGAGCUGACAAUAUCUGGCAACCUUUUCUCAAUGUGUCUGUGUGCCACUCUGUGCAGUGCACAGCAAUCUGUCCUUUUCAUAUUAUUGAGCUGCAAAAAAUUCAGAUAAAUGGGGAAAAUAGGGAAACAAAGGACAACAGAAGAAGUAAGUUGGUGUUAAUAUUUAGCUGAUAGGAAGAGGCAGAAUGUGUCCUGUGUGGAUGUGGCGAGAGAUAAAGCCAUUCAGGGAUAGUGUGGGGAAAAAUUGUAAGAGAUCUAAAUGAAACAAGUGGAGUACAAGGAUUUAGAUGUGUAGUCAAUCAGAGAGGAGUGUAACUUCAGUAAAUAUGGGCAGGUUAUAAUAGGUGACAGAAAGGAAGCUAAAGUGUGAGAAAUAAUGUAGUACAGAUAAAAUCUGGUCUAUAUUAUAAAAAUAGAGACUGAAAGACAAUGGUGCAUUGAUGAAUGGACUGAGUAUGGUAGUUGAGAUCUGGGAGCUGCGGAAGCACGUUGUGCUGAAAUUGUGGCAGUCUGUAGUAAGGGAAGUCAACUUGGCAGCUGUAUCUCAUAUGUUCUGUGACUGAUCACAAAUUAAACGACUGCAAAGCAAUUGUUUUGCUGGCUCUCUUCUGUGUAUUUGCACAUUGUGUUUAGUUGAGGCUACAAAGACAUUAUUUUGUAACUUUUCUUCCCCAAAAAUGUAUAGGCAGUAGAAAUGGUGUGUUGCAUUGUAAAGAAACUAUUUAACUUGCAAUGUUCCUGCGGUGGUGUCCAAUGGUUAUAAGAACUCUAAUCAGAAAUGUGGUUUUUUACUGUGUAAAGUUUUCCCCAGAUAUUACAGUAUUGGAAAAGGUCUCAGAUUUCUCCUUAAAGAGUUUGGGAUUAAAAAUGUUUUUCACUAUUUCACAUACCUAUCUGCCCAGCUAGGUUUCAUCAAGGAGAAAGUUGCCUGAGAUAGCUAGGUAGUUAAAACUCCUCCCCUGAAACCUCCCACUACUAAGGAUGUACACCCAAAGACCAACGUCGUAUGCAUUUCAGGCAACUGAGAAAAAUAUGCAGUUGCUGAGCAUUUUGCAUGGAAUGGGCUAAAACAACAUGAGGGUACUCAUUACACCAUCAAAGAAGCUAUCUCCAUUCAUGUAAUUGGUAAUAAAUAGGCACAUCAAAUAGCACCUCAGCAACACAGCACCUGAAGUUGCCAAAAUUAUGUCACCCAUUGAGAACACUGCAGUGAAGACUGACUACGUAGUUUCUGACUGAAGAAUUUAACUGAAGGUCUGUUUUCACUAUGUUUCAACACAGUGCACCAUUACCUCACCUGGUACUAGCAAUCACUCAUUUUACAACAAUUUGUGUCAUUCUGACCUUACCCACAAAUAAAAACCACUUCCAUGUGAAGGUGACGAGUGGGUGAUACCCAAGAGCUCCUAAACUAAUGUGGUUCUUAUGUCUGUGAUCCAUAAUGAAAACUGUUCCCAAAGAAAACACUCUCAUGUACUAUGUCCUGAGUCUAACAUUGUGUACAAAAAAAGAGGAAAUAAUUUGCAUGUGUACACCAUAUCGAACAGCAGUGGCGAUGUUUAUUUGACAGUAUGUUGGUUUAAAAUCACCACGUAUCUCUACUCGUUUUUCCUCAGGAAGUGUUUUUCCAGUAGUGUGCAUGGGCAAUCUGUAUUUUUCAUAACUUUUUAAAACAGUUGUGUUGUGUAUUUCACUAACCUCUUUCCCAGAUUUAAGAUCUGCUGUAGCUCACUAUCUUACACUGUGUCAAUUAUCCUGUGAUAUUACAUAGCUUCACACAAAAUCACAUCUCACCAGUAAUUUCUUCCUUUUUUAAUACAAAGAAGAAAUUUUUAUUUCUUAAAGAUCAAAAACUAAUUAUUGUCAUAACUGGUAUUUGAUGAUACAAUCGUAGUAUUGAUGUCUCGACAGAAAAGCCUGUAUGUAUUCUACUUAAUAAUAUAAAGCUUAUUGUAAGUAUGCACUAGCAGUGAUACGUAUUCUACUUAAUAACAUAAAGCUUAUUGUAAGUAUGCAAUAGCAGUGUAUAUGUGUAUGAGAUAAAAUGUCCUAUAGAUUAACAUUUUGUAAAGUAGAUAUUGCUUGUUGUUCCUCAGUGAGGCUGCAGAGAGUAGUGUAACUGCGAUGUGUACUAAAAAUGAACAAUAAAGUGAUUAUUUUCUUAUAAAAUUUAACAUAA